UAUGUUUUCGCUUCACCCGCAGACGGCAGACCUGAAACCAGCAAAAGAGGAGAGAGAAAGAGAAAGAGAAAGAGAAACCGAGAGAGAGAGAGAGAGAGAGAGAGAGGGUGUCUGAAGCAAGCAAAAUGAAAAGGGGAUAAGAUCUGUCGCGAGAGAGAUGCAUUCCAGGAAAUCAAGCAUGCAUUCUCCUCUCACCCUCCGAAGCUCCACCUAUUUUGUUUUCUUCUCUGUAUCUCAAUCCCGUAGAACCCUAAUCGGCGCUAACCACACCUCCGCUCGCUUCUGCUCUCGCUAGGGUUUGGGUUUUUCCCCGCUCACGGAAUACAUAUCAUCCUUUAUUCUUUCUUUUGUUAUUAUCAUUGUUUUUUCUUCCUUUCUUUUCAAGACAAUAGAAGACAUCUUCUGUCAGUGAUGGAGCCUGCAACAGGGAAACGAAGCUUCUUGAGAAAAAUUCUCGUUCGUGCGCUUUUCAUUUGUGUUUUCAUUUUUCUCCUUCGAUUUGCAUACGUCGUCACUAUCAGGGGUGGAUCUUGUGAUGCCGCCGACUUCUGCUUCUUCUCCGCUCCCGAGAACUUGAACUUUGCCGGCAGUGGUGCCGUACGGAUCGGCGCCUCCUCCGUUGUGGUCGACAGCGUGGGAUCUUCUUCCAGCUCGGCUCUUCGUGACCUAUGGACUAGCAAAGAAUGGCGCAAGUCCGUUGACUACUAUUCUGCCAUCUUCCAAGAUCUGAUCACCGAAGGUUAUCUCUCACCGCAGUCCAAAGCUUUAUGCAUCGAAACGGUGAGCGGACAAGACGUCUUCGCUCUGAAGGAAGUCGGUGUUCUCGACGCAAUCGGAAUCUCUAAGAAGAAAUACCCGCCGUUGGUAGUCUCAGGUCAGGCCUUUCGCCAGCCGUUCGAGGAGAAUACCUUCGAUUUCGAGUUCUCAGGGGCUGGUGGGCUUGACCGGUCGGUUCGACCGCUGGAUUUUGCUUCUGAGGUUGCUAGGACGCUUAAGCCCGAAGGGUUUUUGGUCGUCCAUACGGCUUCGGUUAAAGACAUGUACAGCUUCAAUACGUUUUUGGGUUUGUUCAAUUGUUGUACGUUGGUCCGAUCGCGCGACUUUGGUGGCCCUGAUUCUUCGAUGCCGUCUAUUCGCGAGAUCGUCCUGAAGAAAGAAAGUGGAAAGAUUCUUAGCCAUGGGGCGCCGAAGAAGCCCGGUGGCACUUCAGUUAAUAAGUGCUCUGUUCCGGGGUACAAACACGAACUGAUCCGGAAGGCAGAGCCAUUGAUAACAGAGGAGCCGUUGAAGCCUUGGCUUACUUUGAAGAGGAAUAUAAAGAACGUAAAGUACCUUCCUUCCAUGGCCGAUAUAAGCUUCAAGCAGAGAUAUGUUUACGUUGAUGUAGGGGCUCGGAGUUACGGGUCCAGUAUUGGCAGCUGGUUCAAGAAACAAUAUCCCAAACAGAACAAAACCUUUGAAAUCUAUGCCAUUGAAGCUGAUAAAUCUUUCCACCACGAGUACAAAACUAGGAAGGGGGUCACUCUCUUGCCGUACGCAGCGUGGGUAAAGAAUGAAUCCUUGUUCUUUGAAAUUAAUCGAGACCCAGGUCAUAAAGGUGAACCGGGAGGUAGAGGAAUGGGUCGGAUUCAACCAGUUCAAUCUUCUACUAAUUUUGUCGGAGACAUAGAUAAGAUUCGUGGUUUUGACUUUGCACAUUGGUUGAAAAACGCUGUCUCCGAGAAUGAUUUUGUGGUAAUGAAAAUGGACGUGGAAGGAACAGAAUUUCAUUUGAUCCCUAGGUUGUUCGAGACUGGAGCUAUUUGUUUGAUUGAUGAGAUCUUCCUCGAAUGUCAUUACAAUAGAUGGCAGAGAUGCUGUCCUGGCGAGAGGACUUCCAAGUAUCAAAAGACUUACAGCCAAUGCUUGGAACUUUUUACUUCUCUCAGAGAGAGUGGAGUUCUUGUUCAUCAGUGGUGGUAAUUCAUAAUUCCCUUGAACAUCUUCUGUAACCUUUCUUUUUUUUUUUUUUUUUUUUAUAGAUACUUGUCAAUUUCACAGUGGAAAAUUUGUAUCUCGUUCUUUUCUCCCUCUUGAAAUCUUUUUCUCCCUUCAUGCAAAUGAAAACCAACAUCUUGGGAUUUUAA